AUGGCAGAGAGUGGAACAAAUGGGGAAAGAAGAAGUGAGGCUAAAGAAAGAGGAGGUGGCAGACCUCUCCAGGAGCCCCACAGCCCAGCUCUCGGCCUCUCCCCAGGCGGUGCCCCCACCCUUGGGAGCAAGAGGCAUCUGCCUCGAGGGAUUGUGAUCCAGCUGACUGGGACUGAGGGAGAAUGGGACAGUCUCGAUGACAGUGAGCUCAUCUUCUCCCUUGACCACGAUGAUGACCACCCCUCUAUAUCUCUCUCCAAACAGUUUUCUGUUGAGGAUGACAGAGGGUUGCAGUCCCAAGCGUUCCAUGUCCCUCUUUCUCCCUCGUCUCCUGGCUCUUUGGGCACUGCCACUGGCCCCAGUUUUCUCUCACCAGGCCCUCCUUCACCCACCCACCGACCCUUUGCAAGCCUGGUCAAGUCUCUCUCCACAGAGCUGGAGCUCAAAGAAGGCUCCACCCUCAGACCUAAGCCCCUUCUCAGCCUCGUAAAGUCCAUCUCCACAGAGAUCUCCCGCUCAGAGCCCGAGGUGUCGCAGUCAAAAUCGGACUCCCGCCUCAACCUCCACCUAUGGAAGCAGCUUACCCAAUCAAAAACCCGCAGCAAUGGGGACUCUCGCACUGCGCCCCCUUCUCCUAGCUCACUCUCCCCUAGUGGAGAGGGUCUGAAAGGGGGCUUCUUCAAAAUGGAGCUAGAGGACACCAAGAGGAAGCUCUCGGAGGCCGUGCACGAGCCUCUAAGCAGCAUGUUCAGUAAGAUCAUGAGAGAGGAGAGCACAGGCAGCCCAAAACACCAGGGUAAGACCCAGGGGGCUCAUCAGGGCAGCUCCAGAGGUUUAGGGCGUGAAAGCAGCACGGACACGGUUCUUUCUGAGUCUCCUGUGAGGAACACUAGAAAAACAGAUGCUGAUGUUUUGCCUGUGUUUGACUGGCCUUCUGUCAGACAUCCUGGGAGAAGCCACCACAGCCACUGCCCUGUGCAUCACAGCAGACAACAUCACAGGGAUGAGCAGCUGGAAAUAUAUACAGACGGCGACAUGAUGCAAGUAUUAGCCAUUGAGACUCAGGGGCCAGAUAGAAGAUCACCUGCUGGUCCUCAGGUCCUUGCAUCACCAGUGGUUAGGACUUUUCCCUUUUCUCAACCCCCUCCUCCUCUGCCAUGCACAGGUUUAUUCUGUAUAGCAGUGCUGUCCUACGGCUAUUUCAUCCUACCUCUCAGUCCAUACUUCUCUGGCCUGGCUCUGGGAUUAGCACUGGGCUUCUUGCUAGGAUUGUUUUUGAUCAGGAUGGGUUCCAGGUCUCGCUGCUCUGAUCCUCCAUACAGACCACCACAGAUGUUGGGUGAGGGGAUUCUGUCUGGUGGCACUGUCAGUAUUGAGCCCGACACCCUUAAGGGCUGGAUGAAUGAGAUACAUGAUUACGACCCAGAAACCUAUCACCCAGCUCUGACUCACUCCGUGUUUGCCACUCUGGAGGGCUCCUGUCUCCGCCUGGACUCCCCGCGCACCAACAUUAGCCGCAGGGCAACAUACGAUGAGAGAGUCCAUGAGGCCACGUUUGUCAAGUCACGCUCCUUUCAGCUUGCAAAGAGCAAAGUAUUCCUGCUGCCAUCUGUGUUAGCUCGGAAGAGGAUGUGGAACCCAAAGUAUCCCAUCUGCAUCCAACUGGCAGGGGGAGUCAACUCCCAAGGGGAUGAGGAAGGAAGGUCGGAGGAUAGUCAGGGAGAGGAGCCAGAAGCUGAACCGGCAUGUCCACAACAAAGUUCCUCCAAACACAUCCAUGACCUUCCCACAACUCUGUAUCUCUUCGGCCGCACAGGACGUGAGAAAGAGGAAUGGUUUCGUCACUUCCUGUUUGCAUCCAUGGAUACAGAGAGGGAAAAAGAGAGGGACAACCAGAAGCCUGGCAGAUGUGUGUCCAGAUCAGGUGACAAUGCACUGGCACAGAGCGUUAGCACCUCCGGUAAUGUGCCAAGCAGCAGAGGCCCCAGCAGAGUGGGCAGCAGCGAAGAUGACGCCCCCUCCACACCUCCCCCCUGCAUGUCUGCAGCUCACGUCUGUAAGACCUCCAGUAGCACCCGGGGCCUUUCCGUGUUAGACUACCCCCGCUACAUGGCUCAUCUCCUGGCCACAGAGGAGCUGACCCCCCUGUCCAGUCCUGGAGCCAGCAGCACAGAGACAAGCCCCACCGUCAAAGCAAAUUGUAUCUGUGAUCAAGCGGAACACCCUGGGACGAGCCAGACCGCGUGGGCUAACGCUCUAAUUGGUCGAAUCUUCUGGGACUUCCUGCGAGAAAAGCACUGGGCAGACGUGGUCUCCCACAAGAUCCAGAAAAAGCUGAGCAAAAUCAGACUGCCUUACUUUAUGAAUGAGCUGACUCUGACUGAGUUGGAUAUGGGCUGCUCUAUGCCUCAAAUCAUCUCUACCUCCAGACCAGAGGUCAACCACAGAGGCCUGUGGGUGGAGCUGCAGCUGGUCUACACUGGUGCCCUACAGAUGACCCUGCAGACCAAGUUCAACCUGUCCAAGCUGGGUAAAGAGGGCGGUCAGGAUACAGACUGUACGACGGAAACUGGUAGCCCACGCUGCAGGCCCAUCUUCAGUGUGUUGGCGGACAGUGAUGAGGAGUCCUCCAGUGCUGGUUCAUCUGAUGAAGAAGAACUACUUCUGUCUGAGCCUCAGGGUCCAUUGGGGGAGAAGGGACCCACAUCAGCUACUGAUGGGACAGGGGGUGGGAAGACUGGGAGGAAGAUUUUGAGAUUUGUGGACAAAAUCGCUAAAUCCAAGUAUUUCCAGAAGGCGGCAGAGAAUGAGUUCAUUAAGAAGAAGUUUGAGGAGAUGUCCAACACCCCCCUGCUGCUUACUGUGGAGGUUCAAGAGCUGUCGGGGACUCUGGUCAUCAACAUCCCGCCGCCCCCUACAGACAGAAUAUGGUACAGCUUCUGUGUGCCCCCCAAGUUGGAUCUGCAUGUCCGUCCCAAACUAGGGGAGAGGGAGGUGACUUUUUGUCAUGUGACUGAGUGGAUUGAAAAGAAACUGCAGGAUGAGUUCCAGAAAGUGUUUGUGCUGCCAAACAUGGAUGACAUCUACUUACCCCUGAUGCACUCCACUGGGGUGGACAGCCCUCAAGUAUCGCAGCAUCUGUCCUCUCAGUCCCAACGGUCCCAAAGCUCCUCCACAGAGUCCAUAGAGCGGAUCCCACCCGAGAUCUCUGGGGCAGAGUCUGACUAGUGCCUCGCUGCUGAUGAUCGAAGCAGAGCCGACCCUGCAAAAUGGAUUCAUUAUAUAUUCACAGUGAGAGAAGGGGGGGAGAAGAAUUAAAAUCACCAAGCAGAACAUAAUACAGUUACUUUUUGCCUCUAUAGACUUGCAGACUUACUAACCCUUGUGCUUCUGUCUGAACGAGGAGUUUCUAAAGGUCUGAUGUUUAGCGCUGUAGGCGUGAUGGAGAGUUUGAGGAUUGUUUGUAUCUAAAAGGAGCUUCAUGAUACGGUGA